AUUAAAAACUUGAAUUUCUGGUACACAUGCGUGUUUAUGUUGAUAAAACUCCGUUUUACAAAUACUCAGUGUGAUUACAUAUUAAUAAAAACAACUAUAACCAGGAACAUGAGCCCACUAAAUAGAGGACCUUUGCUGCCGCCGCGGAUGCCUCCAGUAGGUAUGCGACCUCCACCACCGCGCUUCGGGCGACUUCCAAUGCCAGGAAUGCCUCCACCUCCUCCACCUAUGGGGCCAGCUUUUGGACCGAUGCGCCAGCGAAUGCCUCCACCACCACCCAGACCUGGCUUGAUGAUGCGUCCAGGACCUGGAGGCCCUCCACCAAUGCCUCUUUUCGCACCUAGAACUCGAGGACCACCACCACUUAUGAUGAUGGGUCCCCGAGGCAUGGGCCCACGCGGACCGCCAAUGAGACCUGGACCCAGAGGAAUUUUACCCCCACAGGGUUUACCACACAUGAGACCGAGAUUCCCGCCUGGAAAUGCAGUUAUUAAAGCUAAAUCUAUGAAUAAUCCCAAGAAAGGCAACAAAUUAGAGGAAAUGGAAUUAAAAAAACCUUGGAUGACGGACGAAAUACGAGGUGAAGUCCAGCGUAAAAACAAACUUUACGCAAAAGCCAAAAAAAAUAAAGACGCUAAAGAGUGGGAAGAAUUCAAAGAUCUCAGGAAUAAAGUAACACGUAUGAUAAAAGACGCUAAGAAUGAGUAUUUAGCUAAGAAUCCUGACCAGGGUGGUCAAAAAGCAAGUGAUAAGAAUACAGUUGAGUCCGAGAGUGUUCAGGAAACAGAGAAAACAGAAAUUCAAGCUGAACCGGUUACGAAAAUGGAAGCAGCCUUGUACCAAGAUGAUGAAGAUUAUCACGAUCUGCGUGAUGAAAAUAAUCUGAGUGAAGAUGAAGAAAUUAUUUUUUACUGUGAAAUAUGUGAUCGUGAGUUUGUAACUGAGAAACUCCUCGAAGAUCACAAUAGCACUCACAAAGUUUGUGGGAUUGACGGAUGUGAGUUUUCGGCACAUCCUAAAUUAGUCGACAAACAUAUCGCUAUGCAACACCGCACUGGAUAUUUUAGUAAAUUAAAAAAUUUGAGCACACCUGAGGAUAUUGAAAAAUGGAUCAACGAACGUAAACGGAAAUAUCCAACGAAGAAUAAUGUUGACGCGAGAAAAGCCGAGCAAGUUGAAAAAAAAUCUCGGGGAGAAAUAAUUAAAGAUACAAAGCCGAAAACAAAUAUUCGGAAUGAUAACAAAAGCAAGAGAAGAAAGAAAAAAUUAAGAAAAAGACCAGAUGUUAAAUCUGAUGAGGUUGAGGUUGAAGAAACUUGUCAAGGUGUCAAACCGUUCAAAGGCAUCAUAUGUAAUACUCAACGUGAAAAUAAUUUUUUAGAAAUGAUCAUCAGUGAAGACGAAUCAGUCGGUGAUGUGGCAAAAGAAGAGUCACUAUUGGAUAAUCAUUUCACUGAUGAUGAAGAUGAAGUUCCAACAACGAACGCACCACUGGAACCAGUUAUUAAAUCAAUCAGUAGUUUGGUUGCUGAUUAUGGUAGCUCAGAAGAUGAACCACCUGAAGAAAUUCCAAUUAAAAAAGCGAAAAUAGAAAAAAUUGAUGUGAAUCAAGAGCCAAUAUCUUCAAAUACAACAUUCCUCAGACAAAGCCACCCCAAAACCACACUCUAUUUGUAUCAAAUUUUGAAAAUAGCUUUAUUUAUCAUUAGUUUGUUACUUAACAAGAGUUUCUGGUUUAUUUUCGUGAGUAGCAUUAACAUUACUUUGAAAAGCGUUUCUUCUUUUUCUUCUUUAGCUCACCAGGUUCCUUAA